ACCACAAACGACCCCCUCUCUCGUUCUAGGGUUUCCUUCUCCACUAGAUCUUAACCCAGUCACCACCUUAUCCUCCGCCAGGACAGCACAAUCCCUAAUUCCAAACAUGAUGCAACAGCCCGGAGUCGCCGGAGUGGGGGUCCCACAACCAGAUCAACAACAACAAUACCAACAACAGCAGCAAUGGAUGAUGCAGCAACAGCAACAAUCGCAACCGGUUCCUCCUCCUGCUGGCUGGAAUCCGCCUCCUGUUCCUCCUCCGACCCAGUACGGUGCAGCCGCCGGAAGUGGAGGAGAUGGAGACGAGAUUAAGUCGUUGUGGAUCGGGGAUUUGCAGCAGUGGAUGGAUGAGAAUUAUCUUCUUAGCAUCUUCUCUGCCACUGGAGAGAUUGUUCAAGCUAAGGUUAUUCGCAACAAGCAAACGGGUUAUCCAGAGGGUUAUGGUUUUAUUGAGUUUGUAAGUCGUGCUGCAGCAGAGAGAAUUUUGCAGACAUACAAUGGCACACCAAUGCCAAAUAGCGAGCAGGCUUUCCGGCUGAACUGGGCUACCCUUGGUGCUGGCGAGAGGCGGCAAGAUGAUGGGCCUGACUUUACAGUUUUUGUUGGAGAUUUGGCUGCUGAUGUCAACGAUUACCUUCUACAAGAAACAUUUAGAAAUGUGUACCCAUCUGUGAAAGGUGCAAAAGUUGUUACUGACAGGGUCACUGGACGUUCCAAGGGAUAUGGAUUUAUUAGGUUUGCAGAUGAAAAUGAACAAAGGCGUGCCAUGGUUGAGAUGAAUGGACAAUACUGCUCUACCAGGCCCAUGCGGAUUGGACCAGCUGCCACGAAGAAACCCUUGACCCAGCAGUAUCAGAAAGCUACUUACCAGAAUCCUCAAGGAAAUCAGGGAGAGAAUGAUCCAAAUAACACAACAAUAUUCGUUGGGGCCUUGGAUCCAAGUGUGACUGAUGACACUUUGAGAGCAGUGUUUAGUAAAUAUGGUGAGCUAGUGCAUGUGAAAAUACCUGCAGGCAAGCGUUGUGGAUUCGUUCAGUUUGCUAAUCGAACUAGCGCAGAGCAAGCACUAUCAAUGUUGAAUGGAACCCAGAUAGCUGGUCAAAAUAUCCGUCUCUCAUGGGGCCGUAGUCCUUCUAACAAACAGGUUCAGCCAGAUCAAAGCCAUUGGAAUGGUGGUGGAUAUUAUGGAUAUCCACAAGGAUAUGAUGCAUAUGGAUAUGCUGCUGCUCCCCAAGACCCUAACAUGUAUUAUGGAGGCUAUCCUGGAUAUGGAAACUACCAGCAACCGGGAACUUACCAACAGCAACAGCAGUGAUCUGUUUCCAUGGCGGGAUUCAAAUGCAAGGACUGAUGUUAAUCAGUAGCCAGAGCAAUCUGAGGUUGCAGUUCACUAGUUGCAUGGUGUUUGGAGUUUGGCGUUUUGCUAUUUGUUCUGGUGUUAGUUUAUCAGUGACAAGUGUGCUGUGGGCACCAUUUGAGGCAUCAAUGCACUCUGAUAUGAUCAGUAUGGUUUUGUAAUACCAUGGUGCCGCAAUUUGCACUAUCUGUCUACUGGAUAUUUCGUACCUAACCCUCUAUAAUCAUUUAAAUUAUGGCUUGCUUUAUUUU